GCAUGAUGAGCAACGUAAUCGUACAUAUCAGAAGCCAAGCUAAUGAGCCGUCGUCCUUGUUUUUCGCUCUACCGCCAUCGGCCACUGCAGGAGCUGGCGAUAUCAGUAUACCUGAUACUGGUAUCAAGUCCUGAAGAGGUUCGUUUUCGGUUUUGGGCAUUGAUACGAGCCUGGAGAACACGGAGUUUCCGGUCCGUUUGCGAAACAUGUCCAAUGCAGCUUCGUUUUUGCCAGACCGACCAGCGUGGAAUUUCGGCAGGCGGUGCAGGGAAUUCCAGCUCGACCCUAAAUCUGGAAUUCAAGGACCAGGUGACGCCUAGAUACCACGUGUGCUUUGUCUGUUCCAGGCAGUGUACGCCUUGGAGUACGAAGUGGCUUCGCCAAUCGCAUCGCCGGAAGCCUUGUUUGGUGAAUCAUGGGGUUGUUCGGCGGUGAUCCUAGGGAAAUAUUGAUAUUCUUUCGCCCGUCAUCGGUGGUCAACUGGCGGACCAUGAAAAGCUCCGAUACUCCAGGGACCCGGUUCUAAAAGUAGCAAGCAUA